UCGGAGACAGGUAUGAAAUAUUUACGAUACCGGAUAAACUCGUAAAAAAAAAAAAAAAUGUGCCCGGUCGCACGGUUCGUUUAACGCCAGGGAAGAAGCUCCUCUCCCGGGUUGACGCCGCGGGACGGAACCGAGAAAAUGUCCGUCGUGUGCGAACUUAAAGUUGGUUUGUGUUGAGGAAGAGCUGGAGAGGAAACGGGCGAGAGAGUCCGGUGUGACCGCGGUGUUUGUGUUCACCGGCCCUUGAGCUGUCCGACACCGUGUGUGUCCACCGAGCAGGAGGAGGAGGAGAAGAAGAAGGAGGAGGAGGAGAUGAUGGAGGAGGAGAUGAUGGAGGAGCAGCAGCAGGAGCAGCAGCAACGGUAGUCCCAGCAUCUCCAUGGAGCUCACACCUGCCACCCACCUGUAGCAUCCCCCCGGCCCCGGGCGCCAUGGCGAGCACGACCGUCCAGGAGCGGAGGGACAGCCGCUGCGGUGUGUCUGGAGAAGCCGUAGUGGAGAAUGGCUCUGUGGUCAAAGAUCUGACUGCCCCUGACCUCCAUGAUAACACCAACCAUCACUGUCAUGAAGCCAGCACAACCCCACACCGGGAACCCGUCCUGCCCAGUUACAAGCCAUCCUGCUCCUCUACUCCCACCUACUAUAGCAGCCCCCAGAAAAGCUACUCGGACCUGGACAGCCACAGCUUGACUUCCCAGGACUCGGGUAUACCCACUCUCGAGAUCAACCCCCCCGAGCCCAUCCUUCAUAGCCACCAACGCCCAGGCGACGCAGGCCAUGAUUCCCCUGCAACUUUACCUUUGAAUGAUGACAACACCAUCCGCAAAUCCUCCACCUUCCCUCGCAGCGGAUAUGACUCUAUCCGCCUCUUCAGCCCCAGCCUCAGAUUAUCGGCCCCCGCAGGUAUGGGUCACGGGGGCGGAGCCUUAAAUCGUAGCGACGACAUCUCUGUGUGCAGCGUGUCCAGCAUGAGCACCGAGCUGUCGGUGUCCAACGAAGACAUCUUGGAUUUCACCGUCACGUCCGACUCCAGCGCCAUUGUCACCUUGGAGACGGACGACAGCGGCACCGCUCACUUCUCAGAUGUCACGCUGUCGUCCUCUCCAGGGGACCCCAGAGACGCAUGGAGUCCCAUGCGACCCUACCCGGGGUCAGGUGUCAUGCAGCAGGAAGAAGUUGUCAGGCAAAGUAGACUUGGACCUCUAGCUAGCUUAUUCAACAGGAGCCUGUUUGCCAGGAGGGUAAAGGACAGUCGGCCAGUGGAGCAGCCGGAUCCAGGGUGGAAGCUUUUCGGGAAAGUCCCCCCACGGGAAGGCCCCAUCAAGGAUCCUAAGAAAAUCCAAAAGGAAUAUGAAACAAAGAGUGGCAGAGCUGGACCCGGCAACCCGACGUCUCCCAGGCGAAGUGUGAGGAAAAACCUGGACUUUGAGCCACUCUCCACCACCGCACUUAUACUGGAGGACAGACCUGCGAAUCUGCCUGCCAAGCCAGCUGAGGAGACACAGAAACACAGGCAGCAGUAUGAGGAGAUGGUGGCCCAGGCCAAGAAGAGAGAGCUGAAGGAGGCUCAGAAGAGGAAGAAGCAGCUGGAGGAUCGGUGUAAGCUUGAGGAGAGCAUUGGCACAGCCUCCCAGGUCUGGAACCAGGAGAUAUUGCCUAACUGGAGUACAACGUGCACUUCUCGGCGAGUGAGAGACCUCUGGUGGCAAGGCAUCCCCCCCAGUGUCCGAGGCAAAGUGUGGAGCCUGGCUGUGGGCAACGAUCUCAACAUCACACACGAGCUGUAUAACAUAUGUCUGUCCCGGGCGAGAGAGAAGUGGAGUGCCACACCUGCAUCUUCCGCAGAGACUGAAAUUAAUGAUGCUGGUUCUUCAGACAGGGAGUCGAGCCUGGAGCUGAUCAAGCUGGAUAUCUCGCGAACCUUCCCCCAACUGUGCAUCUUCCAGCAGGGCGGGCCCUAUCACGAUGUGUUGCACAGCAUUCUGGGAGCAUACACUUGUUACCGGCCAGACGUUGGCUACGUGCAGGGAAUGUCAUUCAUUGCAGCAGUGCUCAUCCUGAACCUGGACACAGCCGAUGCCUUUAUAGCUUUUGCCAACCUGCUCAACAAACCGUGUCAGAUGGCCUUCUUCAGAGUCGACCACAGCCUUAUGUUGACGUACUUUUCGGCAUUUGAAGUGUUCUUUGAAGAAAAUCUACCAAAGCUCUUUGCACAUUUCAAGAAAAACAACUUGACCCCUGAUAUUUAUUUAAUCGACUGGAUCUUCACUCUGUACAGUAAGUCGCUGCCAUUGGACCUGGCAUGUCGGGUUUGGGACGUGUUCUGCAGAGACAGCGAGGAGUUCCUUUUCCGCACGGCGCUCGGCCUGCUGCGUCUCUACCAGGACGUCCUGACCUGCAUGGACUUCAUUCACAUGGCUCAGUUCCUCACCCGCCUGCCGGACUUCUUACCGGCUGAGCAGCUCUUCCAGCAAAUCGCUGCUGUGCACAUGACCAGCCGCAACAGGAAAUGGCCACAGGUCCUGCAGGCUUUACAGAAAGAUCAGGAGCGGGGCAGCCCGGUGUUGAAGCGCUGAGCUGCGAUCAGGAGGUCCCACUAACGGAAUCCAAUUCCCCUCCAGACUCUUACCAGGGACCUGAGAGAGACCUAUGAUCAUUUGGGACAUCUCUGGAGGGGGUCUGUCAGUGAUGAGGAAGAAUACGAGGCCUUAUUUAUUUCCCACCACCCCUCUUCUGCUCUGAGGUCCAGCAGUGGACUGUAAACUGUAGCUGGCAGACGCCGAAGAAUGUACCACACACUCCCACAUACAUGUGCCCAGCAGACUGACUCACGUCCAGGGGAAACAACGGGGGAGUUGAUUCGAAAAUCCCCCACUUAUCUUUUGAUUUUGUUUCCGCCAACGGUUCCCCUCAAGAGGAAUGUCCUGAGACAAUAUCUCCAGAGUCAGAUCUGUGAAUGUCAAUGUCACAACGUGUGGAUCUCUCUGUUUUUUCAUCCCCCCCAUGUCCUGUGAGUUUGAUUUCCUCUGUGGGCUAAGUUUGUUUUUCAUUUACAUGUUUUUGUCAUUGAACAUUUUAGUUCCUGAAUCAUUCCAUGAAAUCAUCUCGUGUUUUCUGGGAGUUAAAACCCUUUUGAAGUUUGGUGUCUCUGGAAGUACCAGAUUGUUACAAGUGAAGAAAUGUGCUCAGCCUCUGAAAGAGGUCAUAAGCUGCCUGUAGAAUGAGUUUUACAGUAAAUUUAUAAAAUACGGAAAUGGAAAUGGAGAUAAUAAUAAUAGUAAUGUGUUACUGUGGUAGACACACAAAUUACAGCGUCAGACUUGGACUGGCCCUUCCCCUGAAUAAGUUUGAGGUACAUUUCAUCUGGUUAGUGUUUUGAUUUUUAUGUCUUGGUGUGAGUGUUAAUGUCUUGUGCGUUUAUUUAAUAUUUAUCUAACGGAUGACGGGACUUGUUCAAGUGACAUGAAGGGUUUUUGAGGAACCGCUCCCUCACACAAAUGUGUUUGGAGCUUAUAUAGAUCUGUGACAACUAAAACGCGUAAGAGGUUAUGACUUGAGCUGCAUCAUUCAUGAGCAGAUUUGUGCACUUUGAGGACUACAAUGUCCACUAGGGGGCAUAUUUUGGCUGAAUUACCUCUGGGCUAAAAAGGAAUUCCUUACCACUUUUAAAUUUGUUUGUCAUUUAAAUAUCUAAUGUGAUAUUUCUCCAGGAAUUAUUUUUUUAAUGUGGAGGUUAUGGCAGUUAUAGCAGCGGUGACAUUUAUUUUAUCUUCCUGUCCUCAUAUCCUAAUCUGUACUGCCCCCACUGUUCAUGUGCUCAAUUGCAUGUUGUGGACAAGUCGCGUAUGAUGCACACAACACUGAAGAUUCAAAUUCUGGUUUCAGCAAGAAAAGCCAUCGGCUGCAACUUUGUAAACACAUAUAUUUUUAUUUUGACAAAUUGACACUAUAACAAAUAUGCCGAAAGCUGUUAGCAUUUACUGUUUGUAGUGUAUCCAUAGAUUUACAGAAAACUAUCACUGGAUCAGUUUGAUACUAAGGAAAAGUAACAAAUGUGAAAAUUCUCGUGUAGAUUCUGGACAUAUAAGAAGCAUCUUUUUUCCCCCCUAUGACUUGAAAAAUCUGAGAAUAUGUUGAGGAUGUGUAAGUAAUAUUAAACGUAAAAAUAUGUGGGCCUGUUCAGAAGUGACUGAGAUGAGAAAUGUGAUUUUUGGAAGCAAAUUGUAUUUUAAAGCACCUUAAUGUCCAUGUGUCGCGUUCACUGCUGCUGCGCCAUCUGUUGUUCUCAUUGGUGAACUACAGUAACUACACUGGCUAACACAUGUCGCUUUCACCCUUCCUCGCACGUUAUCUUUUGACUCCCGUUGCUAAGUUUAAGAAAAAAUGACACGAUCAAACAUUUCUGAUUGUUUGAUCUGCUGCCUUUUUUUUGUCUCAGGAGAUAAUAAAUUGGAAUUGUGAGGCUUUUGGUAAAGUUUUACAAGAAAAUGGAAAAAACAAUUGGUUGCAGGAAAACAUCUUGUUAAAAAAGUAGCUAUCUGAGGGUGUCUGUUUUUCUGCGGCAUCUGUCUGACCAGUCUCAUUACUUGUUUGCAUUUUAACAACAACACAAGCCAAAGCAAAAUGUGUGAGGACGCUGCUUUGACACAGUUGCAUUAGACGCAGAAGUUUGUUGUCUUUUACAUGAGCUUCCUGGUUGAUGUCGCUGGUUUGUCAGCUCGCCCAUCGUGACCAGUAGGGGGCGGUAUGAUUUGUCCAAGCAAUGUUUAUGACACGUCAGCCUCCAUCUAGCAUGUACUAAGACAGUACACGGCACUAUUAAAGGUUCAGUGUGUAAGAUUUAGGUGUGAGUGAUUUAUUGUCAAAAAUGAAUUAAAAUGAUCUUUGUGAUGUUUCCACUAGUGUUUCACCUAAAUUGCACAAAUUGUUGUUUUCUUUAUCCUAGAAUGAGCCCUUUCAUAUUUAAAUACUUUAUAUAUACACGAUGAGCGGAUCCUCUCUCACCUUUUGAGUUUUUAUGAUAGCGGUUACACAGGUUCUCUUUCAUUUUUGGGAGGGUGAGGUUAGGGGUAUUCAGCUGCAACAUGCAGCUUCACCACUAGAUGUCACUAAAUUCUACACACUGAACCUUUAAAUAAUCAGAUGUAUUUUUUUAAGUGGAAUUGUCUAACUGUUGAUUUCAUACAGGAUUUGUCAGUGAAGUUUUUAAACCAUGUUUAUUUAUUUCAACGCCAGUUUUGCACAGACCCGUUUGUCAAAUUGAAAAAAAGGCAGACGAUUUGAAGAAAUCUUAUUGGUUGUUGACGUCUGUGAAGAGUGCAGUUGUCAGGGUGAUGGUAUUUCUCAACGCAACUGUUAUCGUUAUUGCCUGUGAGGCUGCUUCGACUCUUGUGCUACGCUACUGAACCUGUGUGAUGGCAUUAGCUUCCAUUUUGUUCCCUGUAAUUCCAGUGAUGUCCACAUUAAAGCUUAAAUAUGGGACGUGCUCUAGAUUUAACGAAACAGGAAAUUAUCACCAUCACCUCAGCUUGUUUCGUGGCUGCCGACAUAUGGUCUGUUUGUGCCCCCCCCCCAAGUGUGGUGCCUCACCGCAGGACUGCAAUAAAUAUAUAUAUAUACGUAAGCCUCUGAGUUGUGCCUCGCAUCACCAGUUCAUAUCAGCACUCUGAAGGUUUAAAUGGUUUGUCCAUUGUCCAUGAAGUGCCCCUUCCAGCUCCGCUAACACUACAAAAAAACACAAUUCAAUCAAUCCACACGCGUCUAAAAACAAAUUCAAUCAUGUUAAAAUUCAAUGAAGGAGUCUAAUACACUGUUAUCAAUCUGUUUGAUUAUCUGGACGUCUUUACUUUCCUGUGUUCUGUUUGAUUUGCAUUGUCUUUAUUUUUUUCCUCAUUGAGACCUGUGUACUGUAGAGGAGGGAUGGACACAUGGAGACAAGGGAGCGUCACCAUGCAACUGUAUCUCACUUGAAAUGUAUAUAAACGAUGGUUUUAUUAAAAUAAAGAGCUGUACAUAACCAA